AAGCGAAUCGGUAAUCUGUGCAGCCGAUACAAACAGCAAACUUUCGUUAUUUUACUUAUGCGUUCGAUUAUGUAUAUAGAUACAGGAAAAGCACCGUGUUUCAAGUGCCCAAGGAAGGCGAACCUCAAGCGAAUGUCGGCGCAGGCGGUGGCGAUAGUAACGUUAACAGUAACGGUGACGAAGACGGCAACACCAACGACGGUGACGGCGGUGAUGGUAGACGGCCAGAUACUAUAAAUACAUUGAGCGUUAGCCCAAAACACAAGCGACUAGUUUGUGUUACUGGUAAAUCUCGAUUGUAUUGGUCAUCGACGGAAGGGAAAUCGGGAAUGAUGGACGUCGAGCUUGAACCGUUUGGCGAGACGCUGCACUGUGGCGGUGUGUUUGGUCUAUCUGUGAGCGACUGGAAACCCAUCUUUAUGACUUGCGGUAAGGUUGACCGGACUGUGAAACUGUGGGACUAUAUGAGGCGCACGUUGCUGCUGUCUCAGCACUAUGAUGAGGACGUACAUGAUGUAGCACUGCACCCAACAGGGUCAUACGCGGUAGUAGCGUUUCAGGACCGAGUCGUGUUCAACGUUAUAUAUGACUCCGUGGCACUCAAACCUCGCCGGGAGUUUCCCGCGGCCAAUUGCUAUUUGGUUCGAUUCAGUUUAUCUGGUCACAUGUUUGCUGUCAUAAACGACUUGGUCGUCGACGUCUAUUGCUCGAUUACAUUCGACAAACGUUUCACGCUUACUGGUCACAAAAACAAGAUCACAGAUUUAGUUUGGGCCAACAACGACUGGAAGUUGGUUUCGUGUGAUGUCAAUGGUCGAGUAUGUAUCUUUAAUUUGUAUACAAAUGAACAUGUGACCAAUAUCAAGUUUUGGAAGAAGACAUUUGUGAGCCUGGCUGUGUCGAACAACAUGAAACAAAUCUACACGGUUUCAUCUGAUGGCAGAGUGAUUCGUGAUAAAGAUUUGAACCAUGGUCCAUUAAAUACUAUAACUCUAUCCAGGACAGAUUUAAUGCUAUUCGUAGCAUGCCAAUACGGUAUCAUAUUGUCCCUGGCAUUGCCAAUCAAGUCACAAAUCAAAUACAAAGAAUUUUGCAUUCACAAUAAAACUAUAUCAAAGAUGCGGUUAACAAUAAACAAUUCGACAUUGAUCACGUGCUCUGUAGAUGGUAGCAUUUGUAUAUGGAAUGUACAAAAUUCCAAGGGAAAGAUUAUGCACGCUACUGCAAAAAUUUUAGAUGAUAUUCUCGUUUCAUCUAAUUAUUUGAAGAAUAAAUUUGAGACGGUUUCAAUUUUAAAAUUGAGGUUAAUAGAAUUAGAAAAAAAGAGUGAAAAUGAUAUCGUCCAACUAGAAAAAUCUCAUGAAAGACAGUUACGAGAAAUAAAAACCCAACAUUUUAUGAAAAUGGAAUUAGUAAAACAAAAAGAAAAUGAAAUGUAUGCAUUACAUGUCGGUGAUAGAAAAUGUUUAGAAAAUAAAAUCGCUAAUCUAAAGGAACAGCAAGAAACCAAUAUGCAAAUGUUGAAAGAUAGUUACGAGGAGCAGCUUAUAUAUGAAGAUGAAAAAUACUUUAAAGAUGAGUUAAGCAAAGAAAUGAAUCGGUAUGAAAUUGAGAUCGAUGAAUUUGACUACCAAGGUGAUUGGGAAGUGUAUGGGUUGUUUAAUAAUAUUGUGCCUGAAUAUCAAAAGUUGUCAAAGAAAAUUAAAAAAGUACAAAAGGAAAUCAAUGUGUUAAAAGUUAAAAUUAAAACGGCCAAAAAGGAAAAAGAGGACUUAAAGUUUUUGAUUGAUAAAUUUGAAGAAGACAUUAAAAAAAUGAUAACUGAGGAGAAAAUAUUGGAAAAAGAAAUUGAAGUUAUGGAAAAGGCAUUGAAGGGGUGCAAUGUGACUAUACAAGAUAAAGAUGAGUGGAUGGAUAAUGAGAAAUUGAAUAUGAAAGAUGUUGAAUUACAAAUAUUAGUAAUGGGGUUCUAUAAGGAAGAGCAAAUAAAAGUUAUCGAUCCAUUGAAAAUGAAACUUGAUGAUUUAAAAACAUUCCAAUUGGCGAUGUCGUAUUAUGCACAUGAUAUUGAAAAAUUGAUGAUGGAAAAUAACUUGGAAUGUGGUUUGUUAAGACAAAAGAUAAAAUCUAAAAGAAAAGAGUUAAAACAAACUGUAGGAAAAAUCAAAUUAGGGGAAGCGUAUAUUAAAAUCUUACAGUUCGAAGUAUACUACAUCUAUAAGGACAUGGAUAAUGAAGUCAAAUUUAGAGAUUCCAUUAGAAGUUUAUAUUUUAAAUUGACAAAUAUGAAUUGGUUAGAUGGAAGGAAAUCAAAUGACUUAUUAAGGCAAAGAAAGUUUUUAGAGACGGCUGUAGCUAAUCUAGAACGCCGCCAAACUGCAGCUGUUGAACGACAGAAUCCUUUGCAAUUCAAUAUUAUUGAGGAAAACCAAUCUCUUAUCCUGGUAGUUAAUAAGUUGAGAAAAGAAGCAAAAACGAAUCAAUGCAAGUGCAAGGAAUUAGAGUGUAUAAUAAAAGGGAAACCCGAAAAAAUAAAAAAGGAAGAGGAGUCAUUUAAAUAUUCGAGUAAUGACGACGGGUCAAUCGACUAA